AUGAUUCGCAGGCAGGCUAGAGAAAGAAGAGAGUACCUUUACAGGAAGUCGGUACAACUACAAGAAGCAACAUUAGCACAAAAGAGACAAAAGUUAAGAGCAGCAUUAGCAUCUGGUAAAAGUCUACCUAAAGAAGUUGCUGAUGAUGAUCAACUACAAAAAGAUUUCCGAUUCGACGAGUCAUUAAAUGAAGAAAUCGAUGACGAAUAUUCAGCAUUAAGUGGAAUUCAAGAUCCCAAAGUUAUAGUCACAACCAGUCGAGAUCCCAGUACAAGACUUAGUCAGUUUGCGAAAGAAGUCAAGCUGCUGUUUCCAACUGGUAUCAGAUUAAACCGUGGUGGUACUAUUCUGCCAUCAUUGGUAUCAGCAUGUCAAAGCUCUGGAUCCACCGACCUGAUUUUACUGCAUGAACACCGUGGUGUCCCCACAGCACUGACCGUUUCCCAUUUCCCACACGGACCCACAGCCUCAUUUUCACUUCAUAAUGUUGUUCUUCGUCACGACAUUCUAAAUUCGGGCAACCAAUCUGAAGCUUAUCCACACAUCAUCUUCGAGAAUUUCACAUCGCCUCUCGGAAAACGAGUAGUGCAAGUCCUAAAACACCUGUUCCCUCCCGGAGUCAAGAAAGACAGCUCACGAGUCAUCACAUUUGCCAACAACGGCGACUACAUCAGCGUGCGUCAACACGUCUAUGUUCGCACCCGAGAGUCUGUUGAGCUCGCAGAAGUCGGUCCUCGAUUCGAGAUGAAACUCUACGAACUCCGUCUUGGCACCGUCGACAACAAAGACGCCGAUGUCGAAUGGAGACACAGAGGUUUCAUCCGCACGGCCAACAAGAAGGAUUAUUUGUAA